AUGAGUGGAUUAGAAUUAGCUGUGGCAGGAUUGGCCGGUUCUCAACUUCUUGAUGCAAAGUAUCAUGUCAAGGAAGAUUUCUUGCUAAUGCAAAAGGUUCUUAGAGAUGCUAUUGGAUACUUCUACAAUGUUGCCCGGAGUCGUGCUAGUUAUUGGUAUUACUUUGAAGCAGCAUGUCUCAAGUAUCCAGACAGAACAGCCAUUGCAUUCCCCAGACCUAAAAAGAAUCCUCCACCAAUUAGAACAGAUAUGGAGGGGAAUAAACUUUAUGAUAAUCAAUUUGAUUUAGAAACUUAUACUUAUAAACAAUUGUAUCUGAUGGUUUUAAAAUUGUCGUAUCUUUUAAAAUAUCAGUAUGGAGUAACAGCUGCUCAUACUAUUGGGGUUGAUUGCAUGAAUAAACCAUUAUUUAUUAUAUUAUGGAUGGCAUUAUGGAAUAUUGGUGCAACACCAGCAUUUUUGAAUUUCAAUUCUCAAGGUACUCCAUUGGUUCAUUGUAUCAAGAUUGCCAGUAUCUCUCAAGUAUUUAUUGAUCCUGAUUGUAGUGGACCAAUUAAGGAGACUGAGGAGCAAAUCAAUAAGGAGCUUCCAGGAGUUCAGCUUCAUUACUUAAAUGAAGAAGAACUCUUUAGAGUUAUUCAAGAUAAGGCCACUCCAAAACAUAGAGCUGAAGAUAAAACUAGAAGACCAGAGGAUUCAGAUCAUUCUUGUUGCUUGUUGAUUUAUACUUCUGGUACUACAGGGUUACCAAAAUCUGCUAUCAUGUCUUGGAGGAAAGCUAUCAUGGCUUCCAAAUUAUUUGGUUACAUUAUGAAGGUUGAUAAAGAGUCCAACGUAUUCACAGCAAUGCCCUUAUACCAUUCCACAGCUGCUAUGUUGGGAGUCUGUCCUACAUUGUUUGCUGGUGGUUGUGUCUCUGUAUCUCAAAAGUUUUCUGCCAAAUCCUUUUGGACUCAGGCAAGACUUGCUGGUGCAACUCACAUGCAAUAUGUUGGAGAGGUGUGCCGUUAUUUGUUGAACACUUCGCCUCAUCCUGAUCAAUUAAACCAUGGCGUUCGUAUCGCCUACGGGAACGGUCUUAGAAAGGAUAUCUGGCAAGAUUUCAAACAAAGAUUCCAUAUCGAAGGGAUUGGAGAAUUCUAUGCUUCAACAGAAUCUCCAAUUGCAACUACCAAUUUACAAUAUGGUGAAUUUGGAGUUGGUGCUUGUCGGAAAUAUGGUUCUAUCAUUAAUUUUAUCCUCUCCUUCUCUCAAGUUUUGGUCAAGAUGGACCCUGAAGACUCUGAAGAGAUUUGGAGAGAUCCUAAAACUGGAUUGGCUACACUUGCUGGGGAGAAUGAACCAGGAGAGUUGUUAAUGAAGAUUUUAAACCCUGCAAAUAUUGAAAAAACAUUCCAAGGUUAUUACGGUAAUAAGAAGGCUACAUCUUCCAAAAUUAUUCAAGAUGUGUUCCGUAAAGGUGAUGCGUGGUUCCGAUCUGGAGACUUGUUAAAAAUGGAUCAGGAUGGGUUGUAUUAUUUCGUUGACCGUUUAGGUGAUACUUUUAGAUGGAAAUCUGAAAAUGUAUCAGCCACUGAAGUUGAAAAUGAAUUAAUGGGUUCAAAAACUAUGAAUCAAACGGUGGUUGUUGGUGUCCGGGUGCCCAAGUAUGAAGGUAGAGCAGGCUUCGCAGUUAUUGAUUUAACUGAUGAAUAUAAAUCCAAACCAGAGGAAGCAUUAUCAAUGAUUUAUGAUCAUACCAUCAAAUCGUUACCCAAAUAUGCUGUUCCUCAAUUUAUUAAGUUUAGUGAUUCAAUUGAAGCCCAACAUAACCAUAAGGUUCCAAAGAAUCAAUUUAAAAAUCAAAUCUUACCUCUGGGAGAAGAUGGUACUGAUGUCAUAUAUUGGUUGAAUGGUAAUCGUUAUGAAAAGUUGACAGAUGAAUCAUGGGCUCAAAUUAAUAGUGGAACUUAUAAAUUAUAA